GUAGAAUAACCUUACUGUUACAUUCACUUUAAUAUGCUGACACGACACAAGCGGAGUAACAGCUGUUAUAACCAAGAAAAAAACGUAAACAAAUUUUAGUAAAACUAUUAAAGUUUUAUAUUAUGGAGGAACAGGAUAUUCCUAUCGAUAUUAAUAUUGGAAAAUUAUUAGAAUGGUUAAUAAAUAAAAGACAUUGCUCUAAGGACUGGCAUGUAAAAGUUUUAACUAUCAGAGAAAAAAUUAACAAUGCAAUACAAGAUAUGCCUGUUCACGAGGAAAUUGCAAAAUUACUAUCUGGUUCACAUAUAAAUUAUUUUCAUUGUUUGAAAAUAGUAGAAAUAUUGAAAGAAACUGAAGCUGAUACAAAAAAUGUAUUUGGCAGGUAUGGCUCACAAAGAAUGAAAGAUUGGCAAGAAAUAUUACGAUUAUAUGAAAAAGACAAUUUGUAUCUUGCAGAAGUUUCUCAGAUACUUAUAAGAAAUGUUAAUUAUGAAAUUCCAAGUACUAAAAAACAAAUUCAAAAAUUGGAACAAAUACAAGCUGACUUUGAAAAAAGAGAGGCAGACCAUAAAAAAUCAGAAAAUGCAGUUAGGUCGGAAUUUAACUCUCUUUGUAAGCAGCUAGGUAUUACUGGAAAACAAAUUAAACGGGAAUUAUCUGAAAAAGUAAAAGAACUUCCAGAAAUUUAUGAAAAAAUUGCUGAAAAGAUUAAAUCAUUAGAAAAAGUUGUAGAAUUCUAUUGUGGUUUUGUUAAUUAUACUCUUGGUAGACAGUAUGAUGAUGGUUGUGUUCCUAUGAUACAAUACAUAGUUGAUAAAGGAAAUACUACUACAUAUGAAUGGAUUUAUGGCGAAGCUCCAUUAUCGGUUAUUGAACCACCUUUAAAUAUAAGCUUAGAUAAUGAUGAUCUGGAGAAGAAGAAAGUCGAAGAUAUUGAUAACAUUGGAAUUGAUUUUGGAGAAAUUGAUAUAAAUGGCGGCAUAAAGUUAGGCGAUGUUACUUUAGAAGCUGGGGGUGAAAUUGAUUGGGGUGAUGGAAAUGUAGAAGAAGCUGUACUUGGAGAUAUUGAUUAUAAUAUUUCUUUAGAAGAAUCUGGUAUAGUCGUAGAAGCAGUUGGUCAUGAAGGUGGAAUUGCUACUGGUACUGAAGCGUACACAGUCCUUGAUAAUCCAUCUACUAGAAAUGAUUUUAUUAACCAGUUGUUUGAGCUGGAAGCAUUUCUUAAAUUACGUUUAUAUGAAUUCAAAGGUGACGUUAGUGUAAAUUUCUUAAGCUUCAGUCAAUUACAAGAUUCAUCUUCUAUUGUACAAAAUUCUACAUUAGAAAAUAGUCAGAAUAUGUUAGAUAACGUUCAAGUUGUCUUAUCUGAAAUUUUGGAUACUAAAGUUCAGCACUUACAUAACAUAAAACAUUCUGCGAGAUAUGUAGAUGUCUUAACUUUAUCGUUAAAACAAAAAUUAAGUUUAAUUGAUAAAAUGAUAGCUUUACAAAAAUCUGUGAGAGAGAAACGAGAAAAGUGUGCACAAGAAGUUACUAUUGUUCGACCUCUUCUUCAACUUCUUAUACAAAGAACAAAAGAAAUACAAGUCGAGAUUGAAAAAGAUAUCUCAAAAAAAUAUAAAAACAGAGUUGUACAUUUAAUGGGAGCUAUAAAUAUGUUGUAAAUGACUAAAAACAAGGAGAAUAUAUCUACUGUAAAUAAGAUUUUAUUGCAGAAUAUAUAAUACCAUAUACUAUGUAAACAAAUUUCCUGUAUGCCUUUUUUACAUUUUAAUGAAUACUUACUCCUUUAAUAAAGUAAUAGGGAUAAAAUGAAAGAAGACUGUUCCGACGUAUUAGGUUUUCUCAAAAAUUCCUUUCGUUUUAUAAGGAAAUAAUAGAUGCAUAACAUUUUUUGUUUUAUAUUAUUUUAUUGAAUUAUGUAUGAUCUAUUUUGUUCUACUACUACGAAAUUUGUUCUAUUACUGCAAAGUAGAUUAUACAUAAUUCAAUAAAAUAAUAUAAAAAAAAGAAUAUCGUACUUCUAUUAUUUCUAUAUAGAAUGAAAGAAACUUUUGGGGCAACUUAAUAUAUUGUCUUGUUGAUUUCUGAUAUUACAGAAAAAUUUGUACCUUUCAUAAUAAAUGUUACAAUACUUAUUAAAGUACACUUCUUAUCUUUGGUAUGAACACAAUAUUAUUAAAUUAUGAAUUAAUGUUCAA